UGUGAAGAUUGAAGACACAUUCAGAGUCAAACAUGAAGAGACUGAGGAACAGACAGACCUGAUGGCACUGAAAGAGGAGAGUCAAGGACUGAAUGAAACAGAAGAGAAAGAACAAAAUGAGAAACAUCAUGAUUUCAAAACUAAAGAAAAAUCAAUUAGUUGUUCACAGACUGAAAAGACUCAGAAAAUACAAACUAAAACCCUUAAUUACAACAUAAUUCACACUGGAGAGAAACCUUACACCUGCAAACUGUGUGGAAAGAGAUUUACACAGAUAAAUAGCCUUAAUGUCCACAUGAGAAUUCACACUGGAGAGAAACCUUACACCUGCAAAAUGUGUGGAAAGUGUUUUACACGGAAAAAUCACCUUAAUGUCCACAAGAGAAUUCACAGUGAAGAGAAACCAUUUGUAUGCCCUCAGUGUGGAAAGAGAUUUAAACAGAAAAGUACCCUUAAUGUCCACAUGAGUACUCACACUGGAGAGAAACCUUACACCUGCAAAGUGUGUGGAAAGUGUUUUACACUGAAAAAUCACCUUAAUGUCCACAAGAGAAUUCACAGUGAAGAAAAACCAUUCAUAUGCCCUCAUUGUGGAAAGAGAUUUACACAGAUAAAUAGCCUUAAUGUCCACAUGAGAAUUCACAAUGGAGAGAAACCUUACACCUGUGAGCUGUGUGGAAAGUGUUUUACACGAAUUGGAGAGCUUAAGAUUCACAAGAGCAUUCACAGUGAAGAGAAACCAUUCAUAUGCCCUCAGUGUGGAAAGAGAUUUAAACAGAAAAAUACCCUUAAUGUCCACAUGAGAAUUCACACUGGAGAGAAACCUUACACCUGCAAAAUGUGUGGAAAGUGUUUUACACGGAAAAAUCACCUUAAUGUCCACAAGAGAAUUCACAGUGAAGAGAAACCAUUUGUAUGCCCUCAGUGUGGAAAGAGAUUUAAACAGAAAAGUACCCUUAAUGUCCACAUGAGUACUCACACUGGAGAGAAACCUUACACCUGCAAAGUGUGUGGAAAGUGUUUUACACUGAAAAAUCACCUUAAUGUCCACAAGAGAAUUCACAGUGAAGAAAAACCAUUCAUAUGCCCUCAUUGUGGAAAGAGAUUUACACAGAUAAAUAGCCUUAAUGUCCACAUGAGAAUUCACACUGGAGAGAAACCUUACACCUGUGAGCUGUGUGAGAAGAGUUUCACACGAAUUGGAGAGCUUAAGAUUCACAAGAGCAUUCACAGUGAAGAGAAACCAUUCAUAUGCCCUCAGUGUGGAAAGAGAUUUAAACAGAAAAAUACCCUUAAUGUCCACAUGAGAAUUCACACUGGAGAGAAACCUUACACCUGCAAAAUGUGUGGAAAGUGCUUUACACAGAAAAAUCACCUUAAUGUCCACAUGAGAAUUCACACUGGAGAGAAACCUUACACCUGUGAGCUGUGUGAGAAGAGUUACACACGAAAGGAAGAUCUUGAGAUUCACAUGAGAAUUCACAGUGAAGAGAAACCAUUCAUAUGCCCUCAGUGUGGAAAGAGAUUUACACAGAAAAAUACCCUUAAUGUCCACAUGAGGAUUCACACUGGAGAGAAACCUUACAUCUGCAAAAUGUGUGGAAAGUGUUUUACACGGAAAGAUCACCUUAAUGUCCACAUGAGUAUUCACACUGGAGAGAAACCUUACACCUGCAAAUUGUGUGGAAAGUGUUUUACACAGAAAAUUCACCUUAAUGUCCACAUGAGUAUUCACACUUGAGAGAAACCUUUUAUCUGCAAACUCUGUGGAAAGAAUUUCUCACAUAACAUAUACCUAAAGAAUCACAUGAGGAUUCACAACUAGAGAGAAUCCGUUCAUAUGUGGUCAGUGUGGAUAGAGUUUCAGAUAUAAAGAAAGCCUUAAUAAUCACAUUAAGUUUCAUUCAAGAGAGAACAGUUUUAAAUGUCAUCAGUGUGAAAUGAGUUUCACAGAGAGGAAACAUCUUAAGAAUCAUGUUAAAAUUCACGUCUGAGAAAAGCCUUUACUGUGCCAUCUCUGUGGAAAGAGAACUUUGCUCAACAGGAGGACGCCUCGAGAAACACUUGAGAAUUCGGCUGGUCUCCAUAUUUGGAAACCCAGAGUCCCAGUCAAACGCAGUCAGUCCAGUAUGGGAUGACAAACAGCAAAGAAAAUACUAUUUUGAAGAAAGUUUGUACACAAAUUUGAGAUGUGGCUAACAGAGUUUAGCAGUGUGCUACAAAUGGAGAAAUUCUGAUGUGAAAUUGCUGGUAAACUGAAGAUAUAUCUUGAAGGUGAUAACUGAUUAUUAAUUUCAACACUCUAGACAAGGGAUAGGCAACGUUGGUUCUGGGUACCACUGUCCUGCAGAUUUUAGGUCCAACCCUAAUCAAACACACCUGAACAAGCUAAUUAAAGUCUCCAAAGUUACAAGUGCUACAGGCAGGUGUUGGUUUUUUCAAGGUUUGAGGUAAACUCUGCAGGACAUCGUUGCCUAUCCCUGAUCUGGACAUAUUCUCAGUGUGGUGUGAAAGACUAUGUUUAGUAAGGUUAUCAUGCAGCUAUUGAAUAAUUGGAUAAUAUUUUGUACUGAAAUUGUAUUUUAUAUAGUCCCCCUCCCAAUUUUAGAAAACAUUUGGGGCAUCAUAAAGAGGAAGAUGCGACAAAGAAGACCUAAGACAGUUGACAUCCAAAGCAGUUUGACCAAUAACAUGCAGGUAUUGUUCAUAAUUGACUGAUUGUGGGGCUGCGCGUGAGAGGGUGAGAACUACAAGGAACGAUCAAAGCGGUGCCAACAUGUGUUUGUUCGGUCGUUUGACUUGAAUCGUUGCUGCACACCAAUCAAAAAAAGACACCAAAGUAGCAUCGAGAGAGCAUAUCGAAAGCAUUAGGAGCGGUCUGCUCUGCUCUCUAUAGCUCAUGAAUGUCACACAACCUGGAUAUUUUAGGCAAUAUUAAAAUCCUGGCCGGGACGUGUCCCGUAUGAUGGCGCAUGUGGCCACUCUAUUGAGUAUAGACUGCUUACCUGUGCUCCCACUUUCCAGUGAUCACUCCGGUGUAUUCUCCAAGUUCCUGUUUUCCUUGUCAUCCAGUUGUCAUCGUGUGUAUAAGUGCUCCAUGUGUGGUUGUAGCUCCAUGUAGCUUCGCUUUUCUGUUGAAUCUCCAUCUUACUAUCACUCUCUGUUGUCUAAAGUGAUCAAAUAUAAACUUAAUUCCCACCAUAUAUUCGAUAUUAUCUAUCAAACUAAUCUGACCAUUCACAUUGUAGCCGAUCUGACUCGAACCAGACAAAUUAAAGAGUCGAUCAGGACUGUGGUUGAAACACGAGCCGAAUACCUCAGGAAGUCCUAAAACAUUCUGUGCCACAAGUCCCAAGCAAGAUAACCAACCAACCAACUCUGCAUCUUCAGCCAACGCCCAACCACGGGCUUCCCAAGACGUCACUUCAGCGACUACUGAACUUCCAGCCAAUCAGCGACAUCGGAAACCCCCUUUCAACGACAACAAAGGGACAUCUUUAAACAGGCAAUGUACCUUUAGACAUUUGUACUGGUGUAUCUAAUAUAAUUUAAACCUCAUUGAGGAACUCGAUGCGAGGGUUAAUUAAGUGAUUGAUGGCUGUUCAUGUCUAUGCAAUUUAACGUAUUGCUGUAAACUUGGGAUU